AUGGAUGAAAUGAGAGCUACGCUUGACUCCCUCAUGGGGAGAGACCGCAACGAGUACGGGGCGAACGCGAAGAAGGGCGCAUCCUUCAAGGCGGAAUCCGUCUGCAAAUUCUUUUUGCUGGACUUCUGUCCGCAUGAUCUCUUCCCAAACACUCGCAUUGAUCUCGGCCCGGAGCACAGGGCCGACCUGAAAGUUGCCUUCGAGGCAGAUCCUGAAAAGGAGUUCUAUCAAGCGCUGUUCGAAACGGAGUUUGCACGCUACUUGCAGCGCUUGGUAGAUCAAAUGGAAAAUAGAAUUAAAAGAGUACAGCAGCGUAUUGAUGCAAACAACCAGCCAGUCGAACUGAGCAAGGAAAACGAAGAGAGGGUGAAUGCGAUGAACGCCGAGAUAUCUGAACUUUUAAAGCAGCAAGAUGAAGCCGGAUCAAAGGGAGACAUCGAUGCUGCAGAGAAGCUGAACGAGAAAGUAGCGUUUCUUCAGCGGGAGGUCUCCAGGCUGAAGAACCCAAAUGCGGAUAUCGCAACUAUACGGGAGUCCCAGCUGCGGGUAUGCGCGACCUGCGGGGCGAUGCAAUCAACGGGGGACGCGAUGUGCCGCUUCGAGUCGCAUGUCUCUGGGAAGCAGCACCGCGGGUGCGAGAAAAUUCGUUCGACGUUGGCAGCUUUGAAGGAGACAGAAGCUGAGCGGGAGGCGAUCCUCAAGAGGUACAAGGAGAAGCAGACGGAAGUUGCGGCAGCAGACAAACUCAGCAGACGCAGGGAAGCGGGACAACGAGACAAAGAACUCGAAAAAGACAGAGAGAGAGAUGCAGAUGAAAGAGGUGUCCAUAGAUACCGCCAGCCCAGAGACACCUCCUACGGAGGGGGGGGAGCCUCACACGACCGAGCUAGAGACAGGGACAGAGACAGGAGAGACAGAGACAGGAGAGAUAGAGACUACAGAGACAGAGACAGAUACUACAGAGACAGGGAUUACAGAGACAGAGACAGAGACAGGGACAGAUAUAGGAGUGGAGACAGGGACAGAGACAGGGACAGGUCCAGAUAUAGCUCAAGUUACAGAUCUGGAGAUCGAUCCCGGGAUCGAUCCCGGGAUCGAUCCCGGGACGUCCGACGCUCCAGGGAUCGGGAUCGAUCCCGGUCGCGGGAUCGCUCUAGGGAUCGGGAUCGAUCCCGGGAGGCGCGGCACCGGAGCAACGGAUCCCGUCACAACGAGGCUCACAAGGACACUGGAGCGGCAGCGAGCGAAAGCAGGGGAGACCCCAGAAAUGCCCUUCAGUCUUUCGUCCAUGCAGCAGCAAAUCCUGGCAGCAGUAGCAGGAUGCCGCACCACGACUAG